CAUUCCUGGUGUCAAUCACAGUUUCAUCCAAUCAGCGGCGGUCUUUGUUUUAUCAGCCCGCCCCCUUCCACGUCGACCUGCACCAUCGCCAUAUUUUCAACCCUCAGGAUCCUGGAGCAUCCCAGCUACAGCCCACUCGUUUUAAUUUCCGCUCCGCAACAAUGAACAUCUUCAGACUGACAGGAGACCUCUCUCAUCUGGCUGCUAUCAUCAUCCUUCUGCUAAAAAUAUGGAAAAGCAGGUCUUGUGCAGGAAUCUCUGGGAAGAGCCAAAUUCUCUUUGCCCUCGUGUUCACAACACGUUACUUGGAUCUGCUCACCUCUUUCAUCUCACUGUACAACACGUCCAUGAAGAUGAUUUACAUCGGCUGUUCGUACGCCACCGUCUACCUGAUCUACAUGAAAUUCAGGGCCACCUACGAUGGAAAUCAUGACAGUUUUAGGGUGGAGUUCCUGGUCGUUCCUGUUGGGGGUCUCUCUGUUCUCAUAAACCAUGACUUCUCUCUCCUCGAGAUCCUUUGGACGUUUUCCAUUUACCUGGAGUCUGUGGCAAUCCUGCCACAGCUCUUUAUGAUCAGCAAGACCGGAGAGGCCGAGACCAUUACCACCCACUACCUGUUCUGCCUGGGCCUGUAUCGGACCCUGUAUCUCUUCAACUGGAUCUGGCGUUACUACUUUGAGGGCUUCUUCGACAUGAUUGCUAUUGUGGCUGGCGUGGUCCAGACUGUCCUCUACUGUGACUUCUUCUACCUUUAUGUUACCAAAGUGUUGAAAGGUAAGAAGUUGAGUCUGCCGGCAUAAAGACAGACUGGAGGAGACGGCAGCUCCCAGCAGACUCAGGGGAUGCAGAAAUGACGUGGAGUCUCAUGAGCGAUAGAAACGGAUGCCUGAAACAGCCAACUAUUGGGGGGAAUAAAAACACUAGUCUUCUUGAUGAUUGCUCAUGGAACUGGUAAAUGCCAACAAAACAGCGACGCUGAACAAAGAUCAUCAACUUUUGGAUUUCUGUGUUCAGCAUCUUGCCUUAAACUUCUUUUCAAAAUAGGAGACAUUGUUUUUCUUUUUUUUUUCUUUUUAUUUACGUGUGAGGUGUAUACCCUUGUUUUCUUUAAUUUUUUUUAUAUAAUGUCACACAAAAGGUAAACUCAGUACCUUGUUUGACUUACUUGGUUAAGAAAAUGCACAAAAUGUACAGUCUUAUUAAAGAGUGAGAUGAAGCAUAAUGUAUCAGAGUGCCUGAUGAGGAUUGUCCUUUUUCUCGCAGUAUUUUUUUCAUUUUUCAGAAAAUCUUUGGAUUAUUUGUGUAGCUAAUUGUAGGCAUAUGUGCUUUGAGGAAAAACAUUUAAUGAGGCCAACAUAAAUGCUCUUUUUUUUUCUUUUCUUUUUUUUUUACAAGUUUAGCUUUAUUAAGACAAAACUAAACAUUUUAACAGGUUAGUCUUCUUUAAAAAUCACUGCUUUUUAAGGGGAACUCUUAGAGGGAUUUUGACUAUAAAAUGUAAUGUAUUGAUUGAAUGAUCUAAGUGCCAGCAAUAAUUUUUGGCACAUCAGUAUUUUUAAAGGGUGCUUGUUUUGUUAAAAAUUCAGUAAAAUCCUAAAUGUCACAUUUUCGGAGCAGAUGGAGCCCAGGCCUUGUUUUGGCUGUAAUCGCACUCCAGUAACAAACUCGUGAUCACCUUCCAGUGAUCACUCGACAGUUUUUUCCAAACCCGACGCUGGGGUAAAAAAACGGUUUGCCAUGUUUGUUAGAAAAAGCCUCUGGCAUGAUGGCUAAUCUUUUAAUCUUAGCAGUUAGGUGUGUGUUCCAAAUGAGCUUUUGAGCACAGUUAUUUUGCCCUUUUUGUCGCUUUUAAUCGAAUAGGUGUGACUGUGUUCAAUGAGUGAAUUUGUUUCAUCAAAUCGCCUUGUCAACUUUAUCUUAGUAGGCAUUCCUAUGAGUUUUUUUCCAAUUUUCUUUGGUCAAAAUUAUUUUGUUUUCUAUUGCAUGAUAUCAUCUUCAUUAAAGAUUUUAUUAUGAUCAAACUUCAA